CCUAUAGAUUCUCUGUACCCGUCCUGUCAUCUUACCGUUUUCCAAGUGUGGGAUAUGAUUGUUUUGUUGUUAUUAUUAAUAUCGAUUCAAAAUAAAUAAGGACAUAUCAUCAAAGAGAGGAAGAAGAAUUAUACACUACAUAUCAAUCCUGACACAUGUGUGGUAAAAAAUGUCGAACUGGAUUGGAUAUGCCGUGUCGGUCAACUGUGGUGAACCUCUUGGUUGCUACCAAGGCACUAUUCUAGAAGCAGAUGGUACAACAAUAACUCUCACUAAAGCCUUUCGAAAUGGUUUUCCAUAUCCUAAAGCUCAGGUUACGCUAAAUGCUGCAGAUAUAAAAGACUUAAAAAUCAUCGAGGCCCGGCCGGAGCCUGCGGAGCAGACACAUAGUACAGUAGCGGUCACAAAAUCGCAUAAGAAAGGACAGCGUGCCACGGUCUGUGAGAAUUUACAAGCAAACCCCAGUAGUUCAGGUAACCAGACAACAGCGACUGCAAGUGGGAGUAACAACAAUAAAAGUGGAAACAGUCGCACACCCAACCAGGGCCCUGCAAGAAGUAAGCCAAUCGAUAUACAGAGCACACGCAGCAAUAAGAAUAAUACGCAUGCAGGGAGUUACGGUAACACAGGCUCGACGCCCAAGUACCGCGGGGCGGGCGGCGGCAGCGGCGGGUGCGGCGGGGGCGGGGGCGGCCACGAGAAGGCGCGGCGCCGCAACGAGGCUUGCUUCGGGGAGGCGGCCGACGCCGCGCUCGCGGACGACUUCGACUUCGAGGGCAACCUGGCGCUGUUCGACAAGCAGGCGCUGUGGGAGCAGAUGCGGCAGUCGCACCGGCCGGACCUGGUGCGGCAGGCGGACGAGCUGGGCAAGUUCCGGCACGACGAGAACGUGCUGGGCGGGCCCGCGCGCGCCGCCCGCCACGCCGUGCGCGUGCCCGACGCGCUGCGCGGCGAGCUCGACUACGUCACCGACGACGGGCUGCUCGUGCCGUCCGUCGUGCCGCACCUGCGCUACCGGCUCUGGGACGAGCUCUGGCGACACGAGAUGGGCGAGAGCGCGCUGGUGCUGCUGGCGCGCGCGGCGGCGGACGUGGCGCUGCGGCUGGUGGGCGGCGGGCGGCGCCUCGAGCCGCGCAACGCGCACCAGGCGCCGCGCGUGGUGGCGCUGCUGGGCGGCCACGCGGCCGGCGCGGCCGGGGCGCUGGCCGCGCGCCUGCUGGCCGCGCACGGCGCGCGCGCCGCCUGCCACGUGGCCGGCGCCGCGCCGCGCGCCGCCGCGCUGCGCCGCGAGCUGGCCGCCGCCGCGCUGGCCGGCGUCGAGCUGGCGCCCAGCCUGGACGCGCUGCCCAGCGCCGACGUGCUGCUGCUGGCGCUGCACGACGUGCGCCGCGCCGACGCGGCCGCCGCGCCCGCCGCGGCCGCCGCGGCCGCCGAGCGCCACGACGCCGCGCUGCGCUGGGCGCGGGCGGCGCGCGCCGCCGUCGUGGCGCUGGAGCCGCCGGCCGCCGGCUGGCCGGGCGUCUCGUGCCGCGCCGCCGUGCUCGCGCUGCUGCCCGCCGCGCUGCCCGCCGCGCUCGGCCGCGUCUACCUGGCCAACGUGGCGCCGCCGCUCGUGCUCUUCGACGACCUGCACAUCACCUACCGUCCGCCCUUCGGCGCCGCCGCCGUGCUGGCGCUGCACGCCGCCGACGACGCCGACUGAGCGCCGCGCCGACGGUGCCGCCCGCUGACCCCUGUGGAAAAUGGACGUGUGCAAACAUUCAUAUCGACACAAUCCGCUCGUUACCUUUAACAUGAGCCUGUCCAUGUAAGAGAAGAAUAUAGCUGAUUCAAAAUAAUACUACGACUCGGGAUAAAGUUUCAAAUUAUCCUUGUUUUCUUUUAUAUAUAAUAGUAUAAAAUUUCUUGACAGUGCCAGGAGAACACCUCUAGUUGUAUUCUUACUCUACCACCACAUGGACAGUCAACUAUUACAUUGUUUGUAUUAUAAAUAUCGACUACCAUUUUCCAUAUUGGCCACUGGCUAAAGCUCACACUUAGUCUCUAAGGUGUCUGCGGCAGUGUUCUGUAUUGUUAUCUCGAUAAAUGUAGAACCCUGUGUAUAAACUUUGUGAUAAACGGUUAAGUUUUAGAAAACAUUUUAUUAUUUCACAAGUGAAUGAAUAUGACUAGCUAGGCUUGGUAAGAAAGCUGCGCAUACGCUCGCCCUCUGUCAUGAUAGGCGCUGAGCAAAUGACACACUUGUCCACGGAAGAAAAAUUUUCUAUGAAAAAAUUGCCAGAGACUCGUGUAUAUUAUGUGAUGCAAUUGUUUGUGUUCUCUUUUGACAGACAUAGAAUAUUAACAAUGUUCAUUCCUAUGUUAGCUAAUGUCUGAAUUUUCUGUAAAUUCUCAAUACUUCAAAUGUUCUGAUAGCGACAAAAAUAAUGGAUCACGUAAUAAGAUUCUUAUUGAACUAGCAACAAAAUUUUUAAUAUCGAUAGAAGAGUACAUAUUAGGAAGUUAUAAAAGAAAAAUUAUUAUUACAUAGUUGAUAAGUCAUUAUUUGUCUAUUGUUACAUGUUACGUCAUUACACUUCACUUUUUAUUUGCCGUAAAACGGGGUGAAUAGCAUACAUUUUUUAUCUUUGACAUAGAUUUUCAUGAUUUUUCUGAAUUAAUACGAGACAUUAAUUAUAUUAUUAUACAACUCGAGAUUUAAGAUAACAGAAAUGCUGUUUAUUUCUUUAAUCGUAUCUAUUCAGUGGACAUGGGGCUAAAUUAAACGACGUACGGGGUGAAUAGAAAAAUUGGUCAGGGCUGUCAGCUUUUAAAUCGCAUAAGUAGAUUUUAUUAUUACUAUUAUUAAAUUAAAAGAUACCCAUUUUGACGAGUGAAACCAAAUUCAUAAUGCAUGUCUAAUUUGAUUAUACACAAAAUACUGUAUGAAAUGACUGAUGUAGAUUGUCCUUUUGUGUUUAGUACUGAGUUACUGAGUAAAUUUGUAAUAUAUACCUUCACAUUUAAUUAAACAUUGAGCGUGUUACGAAAUUGUUACUGGAAAGAAAUUACUAAAGAAACAUUAAAAAGUAGAUCACAGAUACCUAUAAAUUUUUGUUAAAUAUUUUGUCAGUUUUAAUUUGACUAACUUCAAGAAACUUAAGUGAACAUAAAUAAUUUAUUGUGAAAAUUAAAUUAACGUAAAGCGAUUCUAUUCACCUAAUUAACUCUAUACACCCCGAUUUACGGUAAUCAUACAAAUAUUGAAAAAAAUAAUAUUUUUGUAAAUUGUAAGAUAAUAGAAGCAGUGGCGUACUUAUAUAUGAAUAUUCCUAAGUAUCGAUGACGAGGGUAGUGUCUCGUGUGCGCAGGCCCUUAGCAGUGGUUCAAGUGCGCAUGUUCCUUACUAUAUACGAACGAGGUAAACUGAAGCCAAACUUAUUUAUUAUCAUAACUAUAAUUUUCAUUAGACAAUAAUAAAAGACUAUAUUGAUCGUAAUUUAGCAAGCACAUUCAUGAAAUUGUACAAUUUCCUGCACAAGACACCUGAUCACGAUAUUAGAAUCUCAAUCCGGCCUAAAAAUUUGUUUUAUUAAUUUCAACUUUUUACUUAUGUUAUUUAAAUAUUCAUAAAUAUUUUUGUUGGCCUUAACUUGUUCUACCAAAUGUCUCGCCUUUCUAAUUUAUGACAAAGACCGAUUCAAGAUUUAAUAAUUUUACAGAAAUAUCGAAAAGUGAACAGUUUUGUAUUUCGAAUUGUUUAUAAUAACGAUUAUUUGCCGAUCGUAAAGGACGUUAGGUCAUUUUGUAUAUAUUUGUGUGAAAUCGAAAUUUGCCUACUACCGAUUUUCUGGCUCGGCGCUGGCAACACUUGGUGUCAUUUUCCCGCCCAUAUUUGUUCACUGGUAGGAUGUUGUAAAACGGUCGUUAAUUAUGAUUACACCUGUAUAUAUGUAAGUGUGCAUUAGGAUUAUAUUGUGUAAAUGCAUUUUUGGAUGGUGUUUGUGCACGUUGUAUAUAUUAGGACUAAAUGACUUGAAACGAUACUAAUCAACAACUCGUCUCGUCUCGUCGUAUUGCUUUUUGAAUGGACGCCUCUUUUCUGUAUUGAAUUGAAUGUUUGAGAAGAUACUUCAGUAAUAUGGCACAUGUACCUACAGUAUACAUUAUGUUUUGUUAAAUUGCAGUAUUCAAUUAUUAUAUACUUGUACGCUUAAUGUGGUAGAACAUCGAAGUUUACACACAAUAAUGUACCGUUAAUUAUAUUUACGUUGAGGCAUUUUUUAAAAUCGUGUUCGUCCAAUAUAGAUGAAGAUGAUUGGGAAAUAAAAUGAUGUCUCAUAAUUAAUUCAAUUAAAUAGUUUUCGAUACUCAUUUCUGAAAAUAAAAUAAACUGAAUCUUAAUCAAA